UUAUAUUCGACAGACACGAUGGAAACUCCUCAUUAUUGGCUCGCCAAUGAUAGCGAUGAAGCCAAGGAGAUUGACUGUUUGUGUCUUGGAACGGGUCGAUUUUUGCGUUCCGUCUUGAUCCCCCCCUUGGUGGCCACCAACGAGUGCAAGCCGGCACUGAUUCAGACACGAGGCACCAGUUUUGUCCAAUUCAUGUCAGCUCGACAAACAAACACUGACAGCAAAGCUACCUAUCCCAUUGAUACCGUGCAGUACAAUGGGGAGACCGAGACGGUUUUUGUCAAGUGUUUUGGGGCAUUUUCCUUGGGACACGCUCCCAAUAAGGAUGCCUUGUACCGAGAAUUGAUUCACAGCCGCAUGACGCGUUGCAAUAUUAUUGGAUUGGGAGUCACUGAGGCGGGAUUGUCGUCGCCCGAGACGCAAGUCAUGAAGGAUCUCUAUGAAUUGCUCACGGUAUGUUGUCAAAAACAAUAUGGCGACGACAAGUCCUGGCAAGCACCCAAUACGCCAAAUCAGAAACUAUGCAUCAUCAACAUGGACAAUGUACCCAACAAUGGAGACGUGAUUCAAAAACACAUGCUCGCCAGGGCUGCUAGUGAUCAGGCGGAUGAUACAAGUAAAAGUACUAUGGCCAUGACGGAAUAUCUACAACAACACGUGGCCUUUCUCAACACCAUGGUCGAUCGCAUCACCUCGCAACGUCCGGGAUCCGAUGGCAUGAUUCCCCGCUGUGAACCCAUCCCCGCCAAGGCACUCGUCAUUUGCGAUCCCCGCGGGGAUUUGCCCACGUGUUUUCGUGACAACAGUAAGUAUGGCUUGGUGAUUCGCACCAAUCCACUCCAUAUUCAAGGCGACAUUGCCCUCAAACUCCGAGUCGCCAAUGCCACCCACACGGCCAUUGCGCAAGCCAUGGCAUUGCUGCAAUGGGGCAACACGGAUCAACUCGCAUUGGCUACUACCAACAGUAACCAGGAUGAUGAUAUCAAUGAAGAUGCCGUCUUGACGGCCAACUUGUUCUUGGCCUAUUUGGAUGCCUUGGUCCAACAUCAAAUUGUCCCAUCCUCGUUUCCCGGAUUUGGAACACACGCCCCCGAAACCAAAGCGACCUACUUUGACGAUUGGAGGCCCCGAUUGACACAUGCUCAUUUUGGACUGGCCACCUUUUUCAUUACCCAAAAUGCCGCCGCUAAAGGAGGCAUACGACUCGGACCGACUGUCCGUGACUUGUUACUAUCGCGACAAGAACAACCAUUGACGGUCACCAUGGCAUUUGCCUUUGCCGUCUUGUUGCGGUGGUUGACACCCCGCGAUUCCAGCGAUGCAAAGGAGGGAAUUUUUAUCGGAUGGUUGGCGGGAGCGGAUCGUCAUGCAGCAAUCCACACAGACGACAACAACGAUAGCGUCACGUAUGCGGAUGGACUGCGUCACAACUGGGGAGAAGGAUGGUACGAGUUCAAAUGCGCUUGUAAAGUGCGGCUGGCAGGAGGAGAGGAUCCUCGUACAUUGAGUCAAGUCUUGGCAUCGUACUAUUACGGAACAAGUACCACGGCGCAUCAACCAGCUGACUAUCAAGCUGUCAUUCGAGCCUAUCUUUUGUCGCCGGAAGGUGGUAAUUUGGGAGCGGCAGCAGCGGCCAAACCGGCAUUUGGAGACUUUGUCAAGGCCAUUGCGACCCUGUAUGCUCGCAUGGUGGCGGGCGAUAGUCUCGUCGAAAUGUUGGAAGAAAUGCAAGAAGCCAGUGGACCCUACAACCCCAAGGGAAUGGCCACGGAAUGUGCGGCAUUGGUGGAUGACAUGACCGCGCAACAACAGCACGGUCGUAAACCCUUGUUCUAUCGACCCAGUCCCAUUCCGUUGUCCAGUCAACUACUCAAGACGCCCGUACAAGCGGAAGAAAUGACGUCGGUUGUGAUUUCCGAGGUUGCCUCUACCCUGGUCAUUGAUCUACACACUCAUUUAUUGCCACCGUCGCAUGGCAUGUUGUGUCUGUGGGGGUUUGAUGAACUUUUGACCUAUCACUACUUGGUUGCCGAGUACUUUAUGACAGCGCCAGCGUCCAUGACACCCGAAAGCUUUUAUGCUCUUGGCAAACGAGAACAAGCCGAUGUAAUCUGGCAGGCACUCUUUGUCGAUAGAUCACCCGUCUCCGAGGCUUGCCGCGGUGUCAUUACCACUCUGGUGGCAUUGGGACUGUCGAACGAAGUCGCAACGAGGGAUUUGGAGGCCAUUCGAAGGUUCUACGCCUCAUAUCGCGACCGUGGAUUGGAAGGAACCGAGGAAUUUAGCGAAAGGGUGUUUGCCCAAAGCGGCGUGCAGUACGCAGUAAUGACCAACAUUCCAUUCGAUACGAACGAAGCUCAACAUUGGCGGCCCGAACGAAAGGAUUACUCUGAGCGAUACCGCUCGGCCUUGCGGGUAGACCCUCUCUUGUCGGGUGACCGCGCCACGAUAGAGAAGGCGCUGAAAACAUCGGGGUACGAGGUCACUUUGGAAGGGGCUCGACAAUAUCUGCGAGAUUGGUGUGACACCAUGAAACCAGAGUACAUGAUGGCAUCCACUCCGCACGAUUUCGUUCUGCGGGAAGGAUCUUUGGCUGGUGUCAAGAAGACUGGUGUAAAUGAAGAGGCGAUGAAGCAGCCCUUUGCAUUCGUGGACCAAACCAACAACAUGGCGGAUUGCGUAGUCAAUUGUGAUGGUGCAGAAGACGAUUCACCGACCGUCCUUGACGAGAACAGCGACUUUCUCAGUGAGGUUUUGAUGAAGGUUUGCGAGGAGCGGAAUCUUCCUGUGGCACUCAAGAUUGGGGCACACCGUGGAGUCAACAAACAGCUCCAGUCGGCAGGUGAUGGGGUGGUAGCCUUUGCAGAUGCCGGUGUUCUGAGCCGGUUGUGCUCACGAUUCCCAAAGGUGCUGUUUCUCGCCACUUUCCUCUCUCGCAACAAUCAACAUGAAGCGGCGGUUCUGGCAUCCAAGUUUCGGAACCUUCACAUCUAUGGUUGCUGGUGGUUUUGCAACAAUCCCAGCAUCAUUCGAGAGAUUACGCAAAUGAGAGUGGAAAUGCUUGGGACUGCUUUCACUGCCCAGCACAGUGAUGCUCGUGUCCUGGAUCAGCUGUUGUACAAAUGGCCUCAUUCUAGGGCAAUGAUCGCAAAUGUCCUGGCGGAGGAGUAUGCCAAACUGGAUGUUUCUGGCUGGACACCAACCCGGGGAGAGAUUCGACGAGAUAUCAGUAGGCUCUUUGGUGGCAGCUACGAAGAGUUCCUAACCAAGUCCUUGUCUGCUGUUUAGACAUAGUUUCAGUUUAGGCUUGACUUCUGAGACAAACAACAGCUAUCCUCUUGACAACUCUAGUAGUUAGAAUGCCGGCUUGCAUGCGAGGACUUGCUCUUUUAAGCUUUUAAGAUUCUAACAUAAGGACCCACCAUCUCCGCCUUCU